CCACCACCACCCCAAACUUUCUCUCUUUCAUCUCCUCUUAAACCCCCUCCUCUCCAAACCCUCUCCAUCUUCUUCUUCUUCUUCACCCCCUCCAUCAUCCUCGCCGGCCGCCCUCUUUUUCUCUUCUUUGGUGUUGUGUUGGUUUCUGUGAUUUAAGCGCGAGUUCCGGGCGGCCGGCGGAUUACACAUCCAUGGAAGAUAAAGGAAAAGGUGGCCAAAACUCCGGCAAAGGUAAACAACACAUGCAGCAACAGCAACAGCAACAACAGCAAAGGACGCCGGUUUUUAAAGAGUCGUCCUCUGCUUUACGUCCUCUCAAGAAGAUCAAGAGCCCGGAGAGACACUCCGGCGCCGGCACCGGCACCUCUUCCGUCCGGCCACCGUUCUUUCCUUUUGCUUAUGAGAGUAACCAACCACUAUUUAAUCCUCACCAACAAAUGAUAUCAUUCAACAACUCCACUCAACUCCCAAUGACUCCAUCUCAACAACAACAACUGCUUCGUUAUUGGAGUGAAGCUCUCAAUCUUAGUCCCAGAGGACAGACGAUGAUGAUGAACAGGCUUUCAGGCCGGCAAGGUCCUUCUCUCUAUUCUUCUCUUUUCCGGCCACCUAUCGUUCCUCCAACUCCCACCAAGCUUUACCGUGGUGUGCGGCAACGUCACUGGGGUAAAUGGGUUGCUGAGAUUCGUCUCCCACGUAACCGCACUCGGCUCUGGCUUGGCACCUUUGACACUGCUGAGGAUGCUGCCAUGGCUUAUGACCGAGAAGCAUUCCGUCUCCGUGGUGAGAACGCUCGUCUUAACUUCCCUCAUCUUUUCCCUUCUACUGCGAACACGGUACCCAGUUCUACCACUUCCUCUGUUCCUGUUCCUAGUUCUUCUCCGCCAUUAAUAGAGCAAGAACAAACAGAGACUGAUGAAGCUCAGCCUUGUCAGACACCAACAGCAGCAGUAGCAGCAGAAGUCACCGGACAGGUGUCGGCUACGCCGGCGAGCUCUAGUCAAGAGCUUGUCUGGGGUGAAGCUGAGGAGGCUUGGUUUAGUACUUGGGGACCUGGAAGCUCAGUGUGGGAUGAUCUUGAUGAAGCUAACUCUCUGUUUCUUCAAUCAAGAAACACUUCUUCUUCUUCUUCUUCCUCUCCUUCUUCCUCCACCUUCAUGUGGAAAGAUCCUUAGAUUUUUUUUUUUUUUUAUUUUUUUAUUUUUUUAUAGACUUUGGAUUUAGUUCAUUGGUUGUGGGUUUUUGCAAACAACCUUUGAGACUUUAAAGCUCACACUGAGGAUCUAAGAGUUUAGAUUUAGAUUCUCUGUGUUUGCUUUGCUCUGUUAGGCUGCUUAUUUUUCAAGCCAUCAUGAAACAGAGCUUGUUAUUAGUACUCUGGAAUACAUAGAACAACAUGCAUGGAUUAUGGAUAUUAGUGUUGUUGUUGUUGUUGUUGUUGUUGUUGUAUACUUUAGCAUUGCAUUGGGAAGGAGGAGACGGUUUUGUGUUCUCUUCCUCCUUUGAUUUGUGUUUGUACCAUUUAUUUUUACUGCUGUUAUUAUU